AUUACUUAUUAGGGUAUGAAUUGGGAAUUCUGAAACUUUGGGGCAAAGUUUGAAAAUCGCGGCUCUAUUUCUUCUUCAUUUCUGGGUUUUUGCACUCUACAGAAGACAACAAUGGCGCUAAGUUCCAAUUCAAUGCAAGUUUAUGGUUACGAUCUGUUGCUGGGGUUGAUUGCUGCAUUUUACGUGUUCAUGGCGCCUUACACUAAGGUUGAAGAGAGCUUCAAUGUUCAGGCAAUGCACGACAUUUUGUACCACCGUCAUCAUAUAGAGCAGUAUGAUCAUUUGGAAUUUCCUGGAGUAGUCCCUCGUACAUUUAUUGGCUCCAUUCUCGUAUCAGCUCUAGCUUCUCCAGUUGCACUAGCUGCUAGUUUAUUGCAGUUUCCAAAGCUAUACAGUCUCUAUGCAGUUCGUUUGGCAUUAGGCUUCAUCAUAUUGUCUUCAUUGCGGUUUUUCCGUAUCCAGAUCAGGAAGAACUUUGGAUCUCAAGUUGAAGCAUUUUUUGUACUAUUGACCGCAAUUCAGUUUCAUAUGCUGUUCUACUGCACACGCCCCCUUCCUAACAUCUUGGCAUUUGGCUUAGUUAACUUGGCAUAUGGGUAUUGGUUUCAGAGAAGGUUUUAUGCAGCAUUAAAUUCUUUGGUUUUUGCUACCAUCGUCUUCAGAUGUGACAUCUUGUUGCUUGUUUCACCUCUGGGACUUGAGCUUUUGCUGACUAGAUCUAUUGCGUUGCAGAAAGCUGUAAUAUCGUGCGUGAUAGCUGCUAGCUCUUUUAUAGGUUUGACAGUGAUGGUUGACUCAGUCAUGUGGAGGAGGAUGUUAUGGCCUGAACUGGAAGUGUUUUGGUUUAAUUCAGUGUUGAAUCGAAGUUCUGAAUGGGGUACUCAUGCCUUCCACUGGUACUUCACAUCAGCUCUUCCCCGCUCAUUGCUGGUGGCAUAUCCAUUAUCUGUGCUAGGUUUAUUUCUUGACAGAAGGAUUCGGAUCUAUGUUAUUCCUGUUUUAUCAUUUGUUACACUCUACUCGAAGCUUCCGCACAAGGAACUCCGAUUCAUUAUUAGUGCUCUUCCUAUCUUCAACUUAUCUGCUGCAAUUGCUGCUAGCAGAAUUUACAACAACCGGAAAAAGAGUUUAUGGAAAUAUCUUAACAUUGCCAUGCUGGGGUUGUUCCUGAUCAGUCUAGGGUGUACAAUCUUGACAUUUAUGGCAUCAUACGAGAACUAUCCUAGUGGUCAUGCCUUGAAAGCUUUACAUAAGAUGGGGCAUUUGAAACACAAUCCAAAUGAUUCCUGGGUGCACAUCGAUACGUUCUCAGCAAUGAAUGGAAUCUCACGCUUUUGUGAAAAUCAUAAGCCGUGGCGGUACUCUAAAGAAGAAGGGAUUCCUAUUCAAGAAUUUCAGCAAAGAAAUUUUACUUACCUUUUAAGUGAGCAUGCUCAGAUAAAUGGUUACAAGUGUCUACUUAGCACGACAGGGUUUUCUGGGACUCGUCUUCAUGCUGGAUUUCCUCCCAUAUCGCUGGUUAAAAAACCGAAAGUUUAUGUACAUGGAAACACGCAUAACGAUGAAAUAAUUCACCGAAGCUGGCCAGGAUGCUGACUUACAGAUCAUAGAGGUAAAUGCUCUGGUUGUUGUAAGAACCAUAGACAAAUUGAAUGGGACUAUCAGCUGUUGCUAUGCCUUAAGGAACGAAAAAUCUUCUCAAUUUAAGGCACACUAAAGUCCUUACAUUUGUCUUGAUGUUGUAUAGAACUUCAUACUGUCUCAAUAUCUGUAAUUUAGAGAGAAAAUCCCGAUUGCUUAGUGCUACACACUUUUAUGAUAUCUAUUCCUUACAAGUUUAGCUUAA